UGUCUGUCUUCUCUCAACAUUUUCACAUGUGUUGCCUUGUCGUUGCAGCUACUAUACUUGCCGAGCAGUGACUUAGCUCAAAACUACGAUUUUUGGUGCCCUCUGUAUCAAGGUUCGCCGCAAAAAUGGUGUCAAUGACUCUUAACGACACGCUGAACCAAGUGGAGCACACCCCGCCAAUCCACAAGCGUAUCCUAGACAUCUUGCCGGGCGUCUCUGGAGGCGUUGCGCGCGUUAUGAUUGGUCAACCAUUCGACACCAUCAAGGUCCGGCUCCAAGUGCUCGGCAAGGGUACGGCAAUGGCGGCCAAGCUACCCCCGUCGGAGGUGUACAACAGUUCCAUGGACUGCGUGCGUAAGAUGAUCCGCAACGAGGGCCCUCUGUCUUUCUACAAGGGCACCGUUGCACCGCUAGUGGGCAAUAUGGUGCUGCUGGGCAUCCACUUCCCGACCUUCUCAGCUGUGCGCAAGAAGCUUGAGGGCGAUGACCACUACUCCAACUUCUCCUACACCAAUACGCUGCUCUCGGGUGCUGCUGCUGGCGCCGCCGGCUCGCUGGUGUCAACCCCGGUAGAGCUCGUGCGCACCAAAAUGCAGAUGCAGCGUCGUGCUGCCCUGGCCGGCAGCAUUGGGGCUUCGUCCACUGCUGCCGCCGCGUCCUCGGCUGAGGAGUUCUACAAGGGCUCCGUGGACUGCUUCAAGCAAGUACUCUCCAAGCACGGCGUCAGGGGGCUGUACCGCGGCUUCACCUCCACCAUCCUGAGGGACAUGCAGGGCUACGCGUGGUUCUUCCUGGGCUAUGAGGCAACCGUCAACCACUUCCUGCAGAACGCGGGUCCAGGGGUGCACAGCAAGGCCGACCUGAACUAUCUGCAGGUCAUGGCGGCGGGCGUGAUUGCCGGGUUCGGGCUGUGGGGCUCCAUGUUCCCAAUCGACACCAUCAAGUCCAAGAUGCAGGCCGACUCCCUGGCCAAGCCGCAGUAUACCACCACGCUCGACUGCCUGCGCAAGGUGCUGGCGGGCGAGGGGCAGGCGGGGCUGUGGCGCGGCUUCUCGGCCGCCAUGUACCGCGCCAUCCCCGUCAACGCGGGCAUCUUCCUGGCGGUGGAGGCCAGCCGGCAGGGCAUCAAGCUGUACGAGGAGCAGGUGGAGCACGUGUACGGAGGAGUGGUGGGACCUGCCACUCCCACAGCUACCAGCUAAGCAGCUAGCAGCUUAGCAUCAGGUUGCAGGCCUUUUGCUUGGCUAGCUAGCAAAGGUGCCCAGCGUUGACCGGGCUUAUAUAUAUUCGCGAGCAGUUGAGGGUUGGAUUCGAUGAGUACAGGACAUGCUAUGUGUUGAGUGUCUCCACGCACGUGUCGUUGCAUGCACGAAGCUCAGACUCUUGAGGAUGCUGUCAUGGCGGUUGACCGUUACUUGAAAACGAUCAUAACUUGUGCGGCGAGGGACAGCAGGGAAAGGCGAGACCCGUCGUGCAUGGAGCGGUUUUCCGUGCUGACUUUUCAGUGUGAAAAUUGCAAUGCCCUGGAGGCAAUGUCAUACGCUUUGAGGCGUCAGAAGGAAGGAGCGUAACAAACGUGCACGGAUGUAGUGGUCAAGAGUGUAGGAGAUGUGUGUGGGCAGGGUAAAGGGUGUGGAAGGACAGGCACGAUGACGUGUUGCAUAUACGGCGUAACGAACCUGAGAUGGUUGCAACUUGCAAGCCUACCUAUGAACAUACGACUGGCAUGGUUGAAGCGUGGAACCGAGC